AUGGCUUCCCAAGCUUGCCCGUCAACUCCUUAUGUUGGCACAGGAAUAAAGCAAGAUUUGCAAAGCUUAUAUAAAAAGUUUGCUGAUGUUUCAUCGCUUCGAAUCAAGGAUUUUGCUGAAGUUUAUCGAAGAAAUAAUUUUGACAAAAUUUAUUCGCGCCGAAUUUCACAGUCUGAAUAUUAUGAGUUUGCUGAGCUACUUCUUCAACAUGCUGCUUCAUACUUUCGAGAAAUCGAUAGCGUUGGCGAAGUUCGCAGUUUGCAGCAACGCAUUUUUGGUGUUUACGCAACAUAUGCCUUGUAUUCGACUCAACCAAAAGAUCUAAUGAUUCCGGUGCGUGUGACCACGACUCAUGUGCGUGAGCUCGUAACCUUUCAAGACGAGGUGUCAAAACUUCAAUUGUUUGAUGUCGUCGCGUGUAUCCAGAAUUUAAUCGGCAAAAACGCUUUUCAAAUCAAUCGAUUUCAAUCUGCGUACGACCCUGCCGUUCAUAAAAAAGAAUUAGUCGAAGAUAAAAAUUCAGAAUCCAUUGCUGCAACAGUGGAACCGUUUGAAGAAAUGGAGCGAACUCUCAACAAAGACCUUUUCAAGGAGCUCGAGUACUUGCAUAAAACAUAUGUCCACGUGAAAAAACAACUUAAUCUGAAUCAAUCCGGAAUUUCGCUUGUUGAUAAACGCAAUCCACUUGAAGAAUGUCAAAAGAUUAUGGAGAAAUUUAAAAAUGGACUCGAGGCGUCCACCAGUGGCACCAGCAGUACUGAGCCGUCUUGCUCAUAUGGAAAUGAACCGGUGGGAACUAGCCGAUCCAAUGUGCGAGCAAAAGCAUAUUCAGCUGAAAUGAAAGUGCAGAGACAUCGCAGAUACGUGGAUCCAGGCAUGGAAGAGCCGUCGCAACCAAAAACUUUUGGUGAUAUCGCAAGGCAACUGCUUGCAGAAUCGGAGCCCGCUCAGGGAAGUAGUGAAGGACCCAGUACGACUCCAUUCAAGGAACCGAAAAAGCAAAACAAACGAAAAAGUACUUCUGAUUUUGCUGCGGGAUAUCUUGAUGAUGACGCGAUUGCAAUGAGCACCUUAAUUGAAUCGCAAACGGCACUCUUAAAGAGAUUCCAACCAGAAGCGCAAGUUGAAAAUGAAGAAAUUUCGAAGCGACGCACAAUCGCCGCAAAAGUGCAAGCACCGAAGAGAAAAUCGAAUCCAAACAUUCGCGAAGCUCUCGAACAAACUUUCGGAGCCAUGCCGUCAACUUCAAUUCCGAUCAACUUGUUCGACCUUCCACAAUCGUCGUCGAGCAAUUUUGAAGUACAAGCCGGACCAUCGUCAGGAAAAAAUCAAACUCAACCCGGGCCAUCGCCAAAGCCGCACAUGUCAAUUGAUUGGAGUGCUCGAUUGAAGCGAAUGAAUCAGAUGGAGCGGGCCGCCGAUAAAACUUUGGAGAAAAUACAAAGCAAAGUGAAGUUGGAUGGAGAUUUGAACUAA